UUUUCCAUGACCCUCGACUUGCUGCCAGCAUGAAUCCCGCCCUUCGCCGAUAGAUUCGGCUGUUGCGCUCUUGUUAUAGGCGCCUGGGAUAUACGCUUCACGUUUCUUCUUCGCACUCUCUCUCGCCUCACGCGGCGCACGUUCUCGGUUCCCUUUCCGCGUCCUUUCGCCGGUCGCGCGUGCCGCACCUCGCCAGCACCACAGCAUGGCCUCGGUGCUGAACAAGCGCCAGCAGGCGCGCAACGAGCGGACGCUGCAGGACCUCAUUAAGAAUGUGCCAGGCAACAGCACGUGUGCCGACUGCGGAGCGCGCAAUCCAGGAUGGGCCAGUUGGAGCGUGGGCAUCUUCCUGUGCAUGCGGUGCGCGGCGCUGCAUCGCAAGCUCGGCACGCACAUCUCCAAGGUCAAGUCGCUGAGCAUGGACAAGUGGGACAGCGCGCAAGUCGAUAACAUGAAGCGCAUUGGCAACACCGAGUCCAACAAAUCGUACAAUCCCCGCAACGUGAAGCCGCAGAUUCCCAUCGAUAUCGACGAGGUGGACGGCGCAAUGGAGCGAUACAUCAGACAAAAGUACGAGCAGAGACUGUUCAUGACGGAUUCGAGGCCAGGCACGCGGUCCAAUACGGGUAGCUCCAGCUCCGUGGAAGACAGGCCUCCACCACUGCCGCCAAAACCGACGAAAGGGCUGGGAUUUGGGCUGCGGAAGGCUUCUACACAACACAGCGUUACGCCUCCCAUAUCUCCCGGCAUAAGCAACUUCAAUGGUCACGAUGCGUCUCCACCUCGAGUGAACAAGCCGUCCAGAGUUUUCGGCUCAAGCGUUACCGGGGACGGGCUGGAGUCCAAGUUGGCAACUCUGCGGGACAUGGGCUUCCCAGACGACAAACGCAACUCCACAGUGCUGAAGGGACUCAAUGGCAAUCUCGACAGAGCAGUGGAGGCGCUGAUCAGACUGGGAGAACAGAACCCCGGCAAGUCUAGAGGAAGUACACCGACUCCGCCAGAUAAGCUUGAUGUCAAUGGUCUCAUGUUGAACAAGGCCCACACCAUGCCUGCAACAACGACCGCAUCCUCGAACAACCCGUUCGAUGCUCUCGAUGCGGCGCCCUUGCCCCAGCAGCAGCAGCAGCAGGUGGCGCCAAUUCAGACGCAUUAUGGAGGCUCUCAAACACAGCCAACGUCACCGACCAAUCCAUUCUACCAAUUCGCAUCCCAGCAACAGAGUAAUCAAUAUCAGCAGCAGAUAUAUCAGCAACCACAAACCUUUGCGCAGUCGAAUCCUUUCGGACAGCAACAGCAAAGCUUGGAACAGUCUUUCCAAGGUAUGCAACUGUCUUCGCAGCAACAGCCGCAGCAACAGCAACAAACACCGCAGCCAUUGUUCCCGAACAGGACAGGCAGCUACGCUCAGCAACCCAACCCACCAUUUGCGCAGAGCAAUCCAUUCCAACAGUCAUUUACCCCCCCGCCGAUGCCGCAAAUGCCACCACAGUACGCAUCUUUUUACCAGCCAUCGCAGUCGCCUGCGCCACAGUCUCAAUACCAAUCAAUGUCUUCUCCUAGCAGCCCCGGAAAUCCUUUCCUCAAAUCGACUCGAAGUCAAAUGUUCUCUUCUACGACUUCAUAUAAUGCGAAUCCUUUCGGCCAGAUACCCGAUCAGCAGCAGCAGCAGCAGCAGCAGCAGCCGCAGUACCAUCAACAGUCUCAGAUUCAACCACAACAAACUGGGAAUCCAUUCAUGAUGCAACAGCAGACUCAGACGCCAAUCCAACAGGCUCCGAAUCCUUACCAAAACCAGCAAGCCAACUAUGCACAGUUCAAUCAUGCUCAACAAGCGCAUGCUCAGCAAUCUUCAAACCCUUUCGACAAGAACUCGAUCCUCGCACUCUACAACCGACCGCAGCUUGCUCCGCAGCGACCGGAACAAGCGCAGACACCUCCGGUUCAGAUGGCAGCAUCAGCGCCUGCGGUCCAACCGGGAGGGCAAAACCCUUUCGCUGCCAUGCAAAGUCAAGCAGGAGCACAACAGCCAGCUUCGGCGUUGCCACGACAGGUUCAACAGGGACCGAGGCACGUUAGCUCCUCCUCCUCCUCCUCGCGACACCACUCGUCCUCGCGCCCAGGCUAUGCCCGCUCCUACGCCGGGUCCUCGUACUCCUCCUCCAGCCGCCACCACGCCUCGACCUCGCGCUACAAGCGCUCACCCCGCGACGGCUACAUCCAAUACCUGUACCACAAGUUCCGCGAGCUGCUGCACCGCCUGUGGGCGUACGCGCGGCGGCACCCCUUCAAGGUCUUCUUCAUGGUCAUCAUGCCGCUCGUUAGCGGGGGCGUGCUGACAAAGCUCGCGCGCAAAUUUGGCGUCAAUCUGCCAGAUAUGGGAGGCGCGCAGGGAGCGAGGGGCGGUGGUGGGUAUAGCGGGGGUGGACAUCAGGGCGGGUAUUAUGGGAGUGAGGGAUACGGGAGAGAGGGAGGUGCUGGGGGUGGGAUCGGCGGGAGCGGGAUGAACUUGCAGAAUGUGGCGAGUUCGAUUGGGGGGUUGGCUAGUUUGGCGAAGAUGGCGCAGAGUUUUAUGUGAGGGAUGACAGCUUGCGAGGAGGCUUUGAUGCGUUCAGCGACGGGUGCAGAAGGCUGCAUGAGAGGGCGAGGACGGCGCACAGCGUGUACAUGUGGCUGAGGAGGGAAAGCAACAUCAGUGGAGGACGUCCCGUUCUGGAACAUGGUUUUGAUUUCUGGUUGUAUAUCCCCGUUUGCCAUUGCUAUAGAUAGUGUUACGAAUGAAUGAUCUAGAAGGAUUCG